UUGAAUAGAAGUUGCAGUUUAUUCAUUUGGGUAUAUAAUAUUACCUUUCCAGCAACUCUCUUAUAGAAGGUGGAAGCUGCCUUGUUUCCUUGAGAGUACCAAAAGACAAACUCUGCUCUCCUUUCUGUGAGGAACAAGAAAAAAAAAACAUCUCUUCUUGGGUCUGCAGAUUUGCCUCUACAGGCAUAUAAAAGCAAACAGUCUGCUCAUUUUGAAGAACAGAAAGUGGAAGAGGGAAUCAUAUUCUUACUGGGUGAGCUUUGGGUCCAUUUAUAUAUACACAUUCUUUUUCCUGUUUCAUUUCUUAUCCUAGCUUUGUCCACACCUGCUUGCCUCCUCUUGGAACUCCAGAAAGCUGCUGCACUAUUGGGAAGUACAGAUUUCUGGAUAAAGGAAGCUGCAAAGUUCUGGUUUUUACCAUUAGACUGUGUUGAGAAGAAGGAGAAACCAUGUCUGCAAGAAUUGCUUCAUCUUUUACAGAUGAUCACCCUAAUCUGCACAAGCAGAUUGGGUGCAUGAAUGGCAUAUUUCAUCUCUUUGAACGGCACCAUUUCCGGCGAGCCGGCAGCCACAAUAACAAAAGACUGCUUACAGGUGCCAGCCACAAUAAGGAAGAUGCAGCACAGCUGAAACUGGAAUCUAAAGAAUCAUCCAAGAUUCUUCCAUUGUCUCAGUCUCCAUCAACUCUUUCAUCACUAGACAGAAACAAAGCAGUUCAAUUAGAAUCUCCAUCUUCCACCCAAAGUAAUUUUCCUGAAACUCCCAAGGCCAUAGCCAAGAAGCAGCAUGAUCUCAGAGGUGUAGUGAAGGACUCAAUGUACCGGGAAGCUCGUGGUGUAUCAAUCAAAACUGUGGCAAAAGAAGAGGGAAGAGUUCAUGUAGUGAAGCACAUAGAUUCCCCGAGGCCUUUGCAGCCAUCCAUCCCUGGAAAGAGAUCAGAUGGAUCAACGAGAGGGCUUGCUAAACUUCAAGAAGUACCCAUGUAUUCCAAGGAACAAGAUGAUAGCAUCAUGCAGCGAGCAAAGGAUCCUCCUCGUUUCUCCUAUGAUGGAAGAGAAUCAAGAGAAAAAUUGAAGACAGCAAUGAAACUGAAAGAGCUUCCUAGGCUGUCUUUAGACAGUAAAGUAAGGUCCAUACAGGCCUCUGCAGCUGAAUCCAGAUCAAAUUUCCUCUUAGGGGAUACAACCCAAGAAUUUGGAAAUCAUAAAAGAUCAUCCAGUGUGGUGGCAAGGCUAAUGGGAUUGGAAGAAUUUCCUUAUUCUACUGCCAUCAAUAAGGGUGAAGUGAUAAAAGAUAGAGUCUUCCCUGCUGAAGAUUCUGUUUCAAGAAUGAAAAAUCGAGUAACCUGUUCCCCACAGGUUUCACGAAAGGAUUCUUCCUCACCCAGAUUAGAACCUGCAUAUUCAAUCAUAAAGCCAGGUUCAGGUUCAAGGAUUCCAUUAGAAUUAGCUCCAUGGCAGCAACCAGAUUCCGGCAGGGCUUUACAGAAAACAUUGCAGAAAAGUAAGGAAGCCUCUACGAGUCCUCUAAGGGUGCCCUCCGUUUAUGGUGAAAUUGAGAAAAGGAUAACAGAACUUGAGUUCAAAAAAUCUGGGAAGGAUCUCAGAGCACUCAAACAAAUCCUUGAAGCAAUGCACAAGAGAAAAACAAGGCUGGAGAGCGAAAACCAAGAACAGGCCUUGCAAACAAACAGAUACAGUACAGAUGAUGUUUCUUAUGAUCAGAGCCCCAGGCUAUCAGUGCAGCAACAAAUUCGCAACUGUGCUGCCAAAAAGGAGCCUAGUUCCCCCAGAAGGCCCGCUGAGUCCUCCAUUCAGAUCAUGAAAUCAGCCAAACUUAAUGAUAAGAUCAGACGUGCAAGUUCCCCAAUAUGUAACAGAGAAGAUUCAGUUGCUAUGGCACCUAGGAGAAAUCAUGUCAAUGAUCCUAACCGGCAUCUUCUUCCAGAAGACAGGAAGGCUAAUGGAAGAUCAUCAAAAGCAGUACAUGGCUCAAGAGCCUCUGAACAAAUAAGAGGAGGCCAUAGUCACACAGCUGAGAGAAGUUUAGGCACAGUAAGUCCAAGAUUGCAAGAGAAAAGGCAUGGCAUGGAGAAGCAAUCUCAUCUUCCACCAUCUGAACCAAGCAGAGUUAGAAGGAACCAAAAUAAACAAACAAAAGAGUUAGGAUUGCCAAAUAGGAGAUACAAACACAAGUCUGGCAAUCGGCAGCAAGGUGGUGACGACAAGAGUGAGGUCAGUAGUGACACAAGAAACUUCAGUGAGCAAGGUGACACAGCUUCAGUACUAUCAGAAAACGACAUUAGCAUGGUGUCAUUUUUGGACACAGAAAUCACAAGCAAAUAUCAGUAUACUGAAAUAGGUGGAAAACAGCGAAGAAACUGUAAAGAGAUGGAUCCUUCAGUGAGGCUAAGUGAGGAUUCACCAAAGGCUGAACUUCAGAUUGCCACAAUUGAACAACCAAGUCCAGUUUCCGUGCUUGACGCAAAAUUUUACAUAGAAGAUUCACCAUCUCCAGUGAAGAAGAUAUCAACAGCUUUUAGAGAUUAUGAUGCUGCUGAUGAUAAUGAAGUAGAAUGGCAUACACAGGAUUUGGACCAUUUACCAGUCAGCACCAGACAAAAUCUUGGCUCAGAGUUCAAUCAUAAGAAAUUUGAAACUAUUGAGCCCCCAGUUCAUAAGCUCAGUCUACUGAACUCUAGACCCCAUGAAGAUAAUGUGAAUCAAAUAGAGUUCUUCUGUCAGAGCGAUAAUCCUGACCAUCAAUAUGUCAAUAAGAUACUACUAGCAUCAGGCCUCCUCAGAGAUGUAGAUCGUGCCUCAACAGCCACUUGCCUUCAUCCAACAGGCCAUCUGCUCAACCCCAUGUUGUUUGACGUACUAGAACAAACAGAGGAAAGCACCCGACUAGCAAAUGAAGGAUCCACAAAAGAGAUUUUUCAGUUAAAGUUUGAUCAGAAAACUCACAGGAAAAUUGUAUUUGAUACAGUCAAUGAAAUUAUUGUCCACAAACUAUCACCAGAAGGCUUUUUAAUGCCGGGCAGGAGAUGUUUUAGUGGACAUCAGUUUCUGAAAGAAGUACAUACAGAGAUGAAGUAUCUCCAGCCUAAAUCAGACAGCAGUCUGGACAGUGAGGAAGAUGAAUUGGAUAGCAUCUUAAAUGUAGAUAUGAAGCAUGAACUGGAGGACUGGGUAGAAUCUCGUUGUGAGAUUCCAGCAUUAGUUUUGGACAUUGAACGCCUAAUCUUUAAGGAUCUCAUUACUGAGGUAAUUAGUGAUGAGGCUACAGGGCUGCAAGAUAGAUCAAGGGGGCAUUGCAGGCAACUAUUUGCAAAAUAGUUGCUUCAAUAUUCUAUUCUUGUUACUCAUUGAAACAUCCUGUGCAAUACCCGUCUUACAGUGAGUCAAUGCAUGAACUGCUAAGAUUGUAAAGAGAACCAAUUUUCUUCACAAUGGUUAGUUACAUUUCAAUUUCAUAUGUCGUCAUCACAAGCUUCACCUGCCCUAUUACUGGCAUGUAAAUAUAUCAAAACAUUGUCACCAAACUUCUAGUGGAUGACUUAUUUUGACAUUUCUGCACCCACAAACAAAUAAAAUGUUUCUCCUCA